UUUGGUGUCCGUCAUCUGCGUUGGCCUUGUCACAUCCCUGCUUGCAUCCUGCCUGGCGCAAUGCUUGUUCUAUGGCACCGUGGGCAGGGCCAGCAGCUCGCUCGGCUUUGGCAUUGCCUGUAUCUGGAGUUGUUGGUAAAUUGGAGCAGGUCAAUGGGUGACCAGGUCGGGUCUGGAGCAUCCAGAGCAAUGGGACUGGGUUGGGAUACCCAGCAGGAGAAUUAGUGGUCAGCACCCAUGGGUGACGUUCCCCCUUGAGCCAUGAGGACGUCGUGGAGCUGGGAGGGUCACGAGCAUCCCUGGCUGUGUUUGCACUCCUGCGGACCCUAUCCAAGGUCACAGACAGGCAUUUAUACAUGGAAUUGUCUCUCCUUUUCCACUUUAUUCCCAAUUUCCAGGCUGCACAGGAGGGACCCGUCACGGAGGGAAAGAGCCUGUUGGGGCUGUGAGUGGCAGGGACGUUGCUGCCCCUUGUCAAACCCAGCGGAGGAGCACGUGGCCAUGCUGGUGGCUCCGGAGCGGUGCCUUUGGCAUGGCAGGUUCCCAACCUUCUCUCCCUCUUUCCUGUGGCCACGGGCUUCCUUCUCACCCCUGCUCUCAGCAUCACCAACUCAGCCUCCACUUACCCUGCACUGGUUCCUGUGUUGACACAGGAAUUCUUUUCUGGAGCUGGAGUGGGACACUUGGAAAAUGCUGCUGCAAACUUCUGACAAGUUACCUGAGAAGAGCUGGAGGCUUCACCAGUGAGGAUGCUGCUAUUCCCAGGCUUCCCAUGUGCUCACCCUGCUCGCAGGCAGGACCUGCCGGUACCUUCUCCCUUUGCUGGCUGCAAAAGGGUUUUCACCAUAACAGAAGCAGGGAAGGGCAAGGGCUGGUGCCCAGUUUCAGCACGUCUUACCCAUAAAGGUGUGAGAAGUUUGGACAUCACAAAGAAGGAACCAACAAUGGGCUGAUUUUUGCUGUCUGGCUCCAGGGCAGUUCCUCUGGGAUCUCUGGGGUUGUAUCAAGAGGCCAGGAAGCAGAGUUUGGCUCUAAGUGGUUUAUGGGAUUUUUACUUUUCAUUUAGCCAAAAAAAAAGUAGGAAGGGGGUUGAAAUUCAAAGUGUUUGGUAUGGAAAACCAGAAGAUGUUCAGAACCUCUUCAGCUGGACGGAAAGGAUCCAUUUGAGGGGAUAGAUGUGUUAAGGGGCAUGAGAAGAGUCCAGUCCCAGAGCUGGGCACCUCAUGGUGAUGGUUUUGGGAAGGCAGCGUUGGAGGUGCUGCUGUGGCUCUGGUGCUUUGCUGUGCGCUGCCAUGGGGAGUUCAGGGCACUUGGCCAUCGCUGGGCUCUGCCCUGCGUGUCCCCCUUUGCAAGUGCUCCUCGAGCUGCCCGGCGAGGUGGACACGGAGGUUUCGUGGUCCAACAGCAGCCCUGCUCCGGGGUGUCUCACUGCUUGGUGUGCUGGUCACCACCACUUGGUGUGUGUGGGGUCCUGCUCAGCCUUCACCCCAGCGCUCACGAGGGGCACGGUUGCAUUUCGGCACUAGCCCAGGUUGGGCAGACGUGUGGGCUGUGUGGGUUUCCGCCUGGUUUGCACCCUGUUGUACAGCACUGAGGUCUUGUUUCAGCUUUCAGCUCACUGGUCUUUCCUGCGUCUUUCUUCUUUGAGCAACUUGACUGAGGAUCUCUUCAGAGGAGCCAGGAGACGGCACAGGAAGGAAGGGACUGGCAUGUUCAUCCAUGGAGGAUCAGGAAUGGUCUCACGCAAGUGGGAGUGGAGCCACGAUUUGGGAAGAGGCCACAGGGAUCCCUCUCUGGACACCAGCAUCCCCAGGAAGAAACCAGGGGCAGUCAGGCUGCAGCUCCUACCCAGGUCUCCCAUCAAAAGACUCCAAAUUAGCUGAAUAAACACUCCCUGUGUUCACCAGCAAAUGCCAGGGAACCUGUUGCCAAGGCUGGAAUGUCUCACUUGAUCCGAUUAACCUUUGUGUCCAUGCAACCACAUACGUGUCACCAGCCAAACACGUGCUGGAAGCUUUUGCCAGUUCUUGGAGCAUCUGGGCUGCAUGUGAUGUGCAGUGCCUGAUCCCACAUGGAAAAUCCCUGGGGCACCUCAGAAAGGGCUGUUGGACCUUUGUGUCUGACAUGUUGAUGGCGUGGCCGAUGAUCUGGGAUGCUCUCCUGACCUCUGCCAUCCCUCUGGGCACAAGGAGAGGCAGGAUGAGGCGGGAUGCUCAGGGCAUCCACUCCAUUGAGUUAAAUGUGAUCUCGUUGGAGGAGUUUGGGAUGAGGAGUAAAACCUCUGUGUGUGUGAGAGAGAACUGUUGAGCAGAGGUGAAGAAGACACUAGUUGGCACUUCCCAUAGUUAGCGCUGCCGGUGCCUGGCUGAGCAUCAGCAUCACAUCCCAUCCGAGGUCUCAAAGCCGUGGUGGUCCAGGGAAUCGCAUCCCAAGGUGCUGAUGCUCCCGAUGCAGCCCCAUCCUCAGACGUGUCUUUGCUUGUGCUGUCGGGAAGGGAGGAAGAUGCUUGAAUCCACACCAGGACACUGCCAAAGCAGAGGGGUGUCCUGCUGCCCGCUCCCAUCGGGAGCAGGCAUGGGGCCUUGUGCGAUAAUUCCCGAUGUUCAUUAUUUAUAGAGCAGCCAAAUUGAAUUAUUAAUACGGAAAAUUCAGAUAACGUUCCCAAUCCUCAGUUUGUAACAGUUUCCCAUUAAUAAGGAAAAUUGGAAAUUUAUCACUACAUCAGCUCAUUAAAACUCACUCUGGUUUUCUUUUUCUUUGGGUGUCUUAAAUGAAAGCCGAGGAAUAAACGACGAGGAAAAGCCAUUUAUUCCCUGCUUCUCGGGGCAAAGGCAGCCCAGCAUUUCUAAUAAAGUCUUUGCUGUUGGAUGUGGAGGGGAAACCAGCCUAUAAUGAAGCAGCUUUUCAGCCAUGUCCGUUGUGGCGUUGCUCGGCUCUAGAACAAAUCCUGGGAAUCACGUCCUGCUGCUUCUCUUUGUGGGACUCUUUAAGCUGUGGGAGAUGGCGGAUUCCUAUACCUGUAAAGGUGGAAGGAAAACUGCAGGCUCUCACAAACCCACUGCCAGCAAGGAAAGCAGGACAGAGACAAGGAUAAACCCGCCGGCAGAACUGCCUAAGCUUGGGAAUGCAACCAGUGACAAAACCGAAGGCAGGAAGAAAGGACGACCCAAGGCUGAGAACCAGGCACUGAAAGACAUCCCUCUCCCCCUGAUGAACCAGUGGAAGGACGAAUUCAAAGCCCACUCCAGGGUGAAAUGUCCCAAUGCAGGCUGCUGGCUGGAGUUCCCCAGCAUUUAUGGCUUGAAGUACCACUAUCAGCGCUGCCAAGGGGGUGCAAUCUCAGAGAAGCUGACAUACUCGUGCUCGUACUGCGAAGCUGCCUUCACCUCCAAAACCCAGCUGGAAAAGCAUCGGCUCUGGAACCACUUGGACCGGCCAGUGCCAACCAGCAAAGCAGAAAACAAAGUGCCCAAGGCCAUUGGGAAGAGCAGUGGCAAGAAAAGAGCUGCUGAGAGUUCAGCUUGCCCCACCAUCCAUCCCAAACAGGCAAAGACGGACAAAGCCGUGGCCCAGGACCACGCGGAGAAUGGCGAGUGCCUGGCGGAGAGCCGGGAGAGCAAGGAAUUCCACAUCGCCGGAGCCGAGGCCAUGGCAGCCGCCACCCCCACAGCCAAGUCCUCCAGUGGCAAGGACACCAUGCAGCAGGGGGGCAGCCAGGCCUCGCUGCAGGAGGAAGACCCCGAGAGGAUGAAGCACAGAAGGAAACAGAAAACUCCUAAGAAGUUUACGGGGGAGCAGCCGUCCAUCUCGGGCACAUUUGGACUGAAAGGGCUUGUCAAAGCAGAGGACAAGGCAAAAGCUCAUCGAGCCAAGAAGUUGGAGGGGAACACCAACAUGGAGGAGCUGAAAAAGAAACCUCUAGGAGCUGGUGUGAAGAAGGAGACGGCUGUGCAUCUACCAGCAGCAAACCCUGAGGACCAGUGGCAACGGGAGAUCAGUGAGAAGGGAGAAGUCGCCUGUCCAACCUGCAGUGUUAUAACCAGGAAAACUAUCGUGGGGCUCAAAAAGCACAUGGAUGUCUGCCAGAAACUGCAGGAUGCCUUGAAGUGUCAGCACUGCAAAAAGCAGUUCAAGUCCAAAGCUGGGCUGAAUUACCACACCAUGGCUGAACACGUCAGCAAGCCUGUUCCUGUGGAAACCGCUGGACUUGGUGAACAGGAAGAGCGGGAAAGGCUGAGGAAAGUGCUAAAGCAGAUGGGAAAACUGAAAUGCCCCAAUGAGGGCUGCGUGGCCAACUUCUCCAGCCUGAUGGGCUACCAGUACCACCAGAAGCGGUGUGGGAAGCAGCUCGCCGAGGCCGACAAGCCCGUGUUCAGCUGCCCACACUGCAGCAAGAAGUACAAAUCCAAGGCUGGCCACGACUACCACGUGCGGUCAGAACACACGGCCUCGGUGAGCCCCCCGGACACCUCCACAGCCCGAGGAGCGGGGCCAUCCCCCCCCGGGGGGGACUGCAGAGCUGCAGAGCCUCUGGGCAGGACAGAGCCGGGCAGGGCCGGGCCGGGCAAGCCUCCGGAGGAGCCAGAGGUGAAGCCGGAGCCUGGUCCCAUCGAAGAUUUCGAAAGGACCCCGAGCGGCCGCAUCCGUCGGACGUCGGCCCAAGUGGCUGUUUUCCACCUUCAGGAGAUAGCAGAGGAUGAGCUCGCCAAGGACUGGACCAAGCGGAGGAUGAAGGAUGACCUGGUGCCUGAAACAAAGCGGCUCAAUUACACCCGACCGGGGCUUCCAAAGCUCAACCCAAGGCUGCUGGAGAACUGGAAGAAUGAAGUGAAGGAAAAGGGCCGCAUCAACUGUCCCAACAACUGCUGUGAAGCCAUUUACUCCAGUGUCUCGGGGCUGAAAGCUCACCUGGCCAACUGCAACAAGGGGGACCACUCGGUGGGCAAGUACCGCUGCCUCCUGUGCCAGAAGGAGUUCAGCUCCGAGAGCGGCGUCAAGUACCACAUCAUCAAGGCUCACUCAGAGAACUGGUUCCGAACCUCCUCAGAGGCCAGCCGGAAAAAGAAAAACAGGGAACAGCUUUCUUCCAGCAAAGAGGAGAAGAAGAAAAGCACAAACGGGAAGAAAAGGGGAAGGAAACCCAAGGAGAGGCCUCCGGAAACGUCCCCGAAGGGCAGAGAGAACGUGGCAGCAAAGACUAAUCACAAGAAAACCCCCGAGCACUGGGAAGGCUCCAGAGGCAGCCCCGAGGGGGACGAGCGUGUCCCCAAGCCCCCGAGCCAGCGCAAGGCAGGAGCCAGUAAGAUGCCUGAGAAAUGAGCAGCUCAGAGACUCGUCUCCGAGGAUUCGUUUACAGCCCAGGGUAACAGGGUGGGGGGCUCCCGCUUUUCUGUGUCCCCCCCCCAUCCCACCUCCCCCCCCACCCCCAUCCCACCACUCACCCCCUUUUUACAAAAAAAAAGAAAGAAAAGCAAAAAAAAAAAAAGACAGAAAAUCCCAUUUAACCACUUUGAGCAAGUCACGGACCUUGUUUCACACUGGAAAAACAACAGGAUCAAGCAAGCUGGACCGUUCUCCACCCCCUGCCCAUGUACAUACCCCCCUGCCCGGCCCUUCCCUCCCUAUUCCCUGACUUCCCUCCCUAUUCCCUGACUUCCCUCCUUGCUCCCUGCGCCAAACUGGUGACGCUUGAGUGAAAGAAAAGUGCAAUAGCAGCGGGACCCCCAUGUCCGGGGUCUCUCUGGCUGCAUGUGCUGGGCUGGGGGCUGUGCAGACAGGCUCCAGGCUGCAUCCCAGCUCCCAGGGUGAUGUUUCCAAAGAUGUUUGACCCGUGUGUGCAGACAGACAGGGGCAGAGGGGUGGCAGGAGGGUGCUGGGGGGGAUCUGGUGGUGCUUUCCUUGGGGUGCUUCAGCAGGGACCUGCUCUGUGGCGUGUUGGCUUUGUGGCUCGGUGCAGGGGGUUGUUCCAGGCACAGGGCUGGCAGAGCAUCAUCCUGACACAGUGGGGCUGGAUGUGGUUGUGGAGGGGAUGCAGGAGGUGUGAGCAUCCUUGGGAGUCAGUGGGAGAGGGGGAUGCUGUAGGGUGGUGGGUCAGGUUGGAGGGUUUAACUGAAUGUUUUGGGGAUGGUGUGAGCGGGGUGAUGGAGGAGCUGUGCCCUGGUGCUCACGUUGUCUUGGCAGAUGGAAGAGCUGCAGUGGCAGCGCUGUGGUGGCUGCACCACGUCAGGGUGAGCCACAGAGGGGAGCAGCUGAUGGAAAGGGUGACCCAGGGUCCCCAUCCCAAAGGUGCUGAUUGUCCAGGAGGGAGGAAUUGGGGUCCCUUUGCCCAGCUGCAGCCGCAGGAGGUGUGUGACGGGCACAGGGGGGCAGCACCAAGUGACAAUCAUGGGUCCUGCUUUUGGGUGAGCCCCAACCGCUGCCCAGGCUCCUUCCACUCGCCUUGUCCAUGGGGCUGGGACCCUUCAUGGGUGAUCUUGGCUCCCCCAACCUCCUUCCUUGGGGAUGGAGAGCCCCUGCCCAUGCUCUGUUCUCUGCUUGCUCAUUUCCCCUCCAGUUUUCCUUUGCAUCUGUACUAACACCAUUGUCCCACCUCGCUCCAGCCUGGAGGGCAGCAUCCCUGGAGCGGGAUGUGUCUGUCUCCAGACAAAACCAGGCUACCUCGCUCCUUGGGAAACGGGCCCGUUUCCUCACAGUAAUGGAACAGAAAUCCUUAGUUUGAUUUUGGUGCAGAGCUGGGAAGGUGGCAUUGAGGGAGGGGGAGCUUCAGAGCUCCUGCUUUAAUCAGUUACAACCUCAACCCUCGGGUUCCUUCAGUGCUCUUCACUCACGGGGGGCUUGGAAUCAUUUCCCUGCUCCAAGGAGCUGCUGGGUUAUAACUAACAUCCUUCUCCACUGGCAGGUUGGCACAGCAUGGAAUCAUAGAGUCAUGGAAUGGUUUGGGUUGGAAGGGACCUUAAAGCUCCUCCAGCUCCAACCCCCUGCCACGGGCAGGGACACCUUCCACUAGAGCAGGUUGCUCCAAGCCCCUGUGUCCAACCUGCCCUUGAACACUGCCAGGGAUGGGGCAGCCACAGAGGGAAGCAGAGGAUGGAUGUUGUGUUUGAAGCCAGGGCUCUUCCCACGGGAGCCGGUGCUGCUGCUUCAACCACAGAGCAAUUAGUGAGGAAGCUUCGUUAGUUGCUUUGCUGCUUGUGCAUCAUCCGAUCUGUUUUGGGGGUGAUGCUGGUACCAAUCCUGCCCCGCUGGGAAGGGAGCGGAGCCUCGGGAGCAGCAGGACCCGUGUUCUCAGGGCUGUGUCGGUCCUUGUCACAGUGGGGACGUGGUGACACUGUCCUGGGCUGUGCCAGAGCAGUGACUGCAGGUGCGAGGGACCCGAGGAGGGGCUCGGGGUGCACGCUGUUGGGGUUUAGGCAGUGCAGGAAGGGGGGAACAGGCAGAGGCGGGGACCAGGCAUGGAGCUGGGCACUGAAACCUCCACGGAGGGCUGGAAGGAGCCGCUGCAUCCCAAACCCAUGUCCCACCAUGGGAGAAAGCCCCCGGCAAAGCUCCAUGCCCUGCCCUGGCUAGCUCAGGCUGCAGGUUUGGAUGUUCCCCUUAUAAUCCAUCCCCAUCACCUCCCACUGGGGCCAGCACAGGACUCAGUUCCCAUGAACAUGCCAUUAGUUGGCAGUGGGAAUGGUGGUCCCGGUGCAGACGCUGUCCCCAUCACCUCGGAGCUGGGGAUGCUCCUCAGCCCCUUGUGGUCAAACGGGAGCUUUUAGGAGGAAGUGAAAUCUUCAGGGUAUAUUUUUCCCCUUAAAAGGUGUUUUUCCCCCAUCACGCACAGAGGAAUGUGUUCUCCCACCGCCGCCUUUCCAUGGGACACCCUUUGCUCUCCUGCUUGGCCAUGGAAGGCUCCAGAGCGAUGCUGGGAAUACCCAUCCCAUGGCAUAGAGCAGGCAGGGAUGUGGCAUCAGUGGCUUGUGCCCAUUCGGGUGCUCCCAGUGAGGCAGCGACCACGGGGAGAACCUCACCUCAAUCCAGAGGGACAAACACAUCCUUCCCCUUCCAUCCCCUUGUCCAUGGAGACCCUGGGGUCCAGCCCCCCCCUGCCCUCAGUGCCAUGGGGUUACUGUAGAGCCAACGAGGGUAGAGGGAUGCUGGGGAGGGCAGCGUGGUGGAACCCAUGGGGUCGGUCACGGUAAGUAAAUGGGGGACAGAGACCCCUCAGCACCCCCUGGCACGGGCAGCCCCGGGCAGGGAGCGAGGCUGGAGCUGCCCCAUCCCGGAGCAUCGCAUCCAGGAGCGUUGGGAGCAUUUUGGGAGCGUUUUGUUCUUUUCUUUCCCUCCUGGAGCCACCCGUCCCACGGCACAGCCGGAUGUCUCUCGUCGGUGCCAGUUAUUAGUGCAUAAGUGUAUUUUGGGGGGGGUUUGGGGGUGGGGGGGGGAGGAAGGGAGGAAAAGGCAAAAAAAACCUAGGGAAAAAAAAAAAAUCCAAUUUAUCACUUGUAACCAUAUAUAUAAAUAUAUAAAUAUAUAUAUUAAAAGAAAAAAAAAAGUGUUUAUUUGCAAAAAGAUGGAAUUGUUUUAACAGUAAAAAGUAUCUUAUACGAACCUCCCCGUUUGUGACGCUCUGUUUUUGGACACCUCCUCAGGCCCGUGCGGCCGCGGGGCUGGAUGUAUUAAACAGCUCCCUCAAUAAAUGGGUAUGGAUUUUGGA